AUGAUUCCUCCUUCGUCGUUAUCAUCGUCCACCAAUAAUAAUACUCAUCGUCAUUCUCUUUCUUCACUUCAACAACAACAACCAACAACUGAUGACCGUGAGUCCUACUCGAAAACAAAUCGUCAAUCGGGUGGAUUUACUAAAAUCGUUCGUGAUUGUGUUUUAAAUAAUUUCACAAGUGAUGAUGUGAUGGUGGAUGAAACUCCUCCUCCUUCAACCUCCCAAAAUCAUCAACAAUUCCUCGAAUCCACACAACCACAUCCUCUCUUUCAACGUCCUGUCAACUUGUCAAUUUUUACAGAUCCAUGGAAAGUCGAUGAAGAAGUGGACUCUACAACGACAUUUAAAACAGAUUCAACCAUAACAAAACAAUUAUUAGGAAAUAGAUUAGUAUAUUCGAUCGGAGAGAAUGGAAUUGAAAAUGUUAUUGUCAAUGACAUGACAGUCAAUAAUGAUCAUCAAGAUGAUACUUCCAAUGUUUUGAAAUUAAAAAAGAAGGAAAUUAGUGUUUUUGAUCUUGAUUUAACAUCCAUGCAAGAUGUUGGAAAGGGAGCUUUUGGAAGUGUUUCUAUUGUAAGGACCAUUACUCCACCAUUCUCAUUCUAUGCCAUCAAAAGAAUUCCAUUUAAAUUAUCUGAUGAAAAGAAUAUUUGGAGAGAAUUUCAUGCCAUCUAUUCGAGUCAGAGUGAUUUUCUCGUUAAACUCUAUGAAUGCUUUUUUAGAGAUAACUUUUUCAAUUUAGUGAUGGAAUUUAUGAAUGUUGGAAAUUUUUCAAAACUCAUUGAACUUAUGAAUACUCAAAAAUUCUUCCUAAUCAAAACAAUAGCUGAGAAACCAAGUUUAUUUCCACCAAAUAGUUCGAUAGCAAAUUCAGACUAUCCCACAACUGCUGAAGUUUUUAAGAAUGUUGAUGUUCUCAAAUCAAUAUGUGGAAGAAUCAUUAAAAAUCCUGCGAAAUAUGUGCAACGAUUUGCGGCUGGAAAUAUUUUCACAGAGAUGGAAUGUAGUAUCAUGAUACGUAAAGUAUUAGAAGGUUUGAGAUAUUUAAGGAAAAAGCACAUCAUUCACAGAGAUAUUAAACCAUCGAACAUUCUUGUAAAUUCUAAAGGAGAAGUGAAAAUAACAGAUUUUGGGCUAGCCAAUGUUAAAACAACAUCAGGUGGCCACAUUAGUUUCAUGUCAGAUUAUUACACGAUAUGUGGAACCACAGUAUAUUUGAGUCCAGAACGACUUUUAGAACAGCCUUAUAGUUAUGACUGUGAUUUAUGGAGUUGUACAGUUGUAUUGGUUGAGUUAUUUACUGGAAAGAAGCCUUCAGUUACCUUUCCCUUUAAAUGGAACACAUUCAGUGACUUUGACAAUUUCGUGACGUGUCACCUUAAUGAGCUGCGAAAACACUCUGCGUCUCAGGUCAUGCUUGACUUUGUUGGUUGUUGCUUGAAAGUGGAUCGAAAACAAAGACCAUCCUAUGAUGAUGUUUUGAAACAUCCAUUCAUAACAGGAUAUGCACUAACAUUGACAGAAGAGCAACAAAACAAUUUCAUUCUGCAUAGUCUCAAUGAGUAUAUUCUGCCUUUUAUUCAAGGCUCUCGGCAAUAA